ACGUCAGAGACCGCCGCUGACGGAAGACCUGCGGUGGCAGCUCCGGCCGAACCGCGGGACUGCGGGACGAUGGAGGACCCAGCUCAAGAUGGGGUGGCCUCUCCCGCCACCCCUGGGACCGGAAAAUCUAAGCUGGAAACAUUACCCAAAGAAGAUCUCAUCAAGUUUGCCAAGAAGCAAAUGAUGCUGUUACAGAAAGCUAAGUCAAAGUGUACAGAAUUAGACAAAGAAAUUGAAGAACUCAAGUCACAAUCUGUUGGUAAAGGAACUGAUGAUAUUACUAAGGCAUUGACUGAACGUCUGGAUGCUGUACUUCUGGAAAAAGCAGAGACUGAGCAACAAUGUCUUUCUCUAAAGAAGGAAAAUACUAAAAUGAAGCAAGAAGUCGAGGAGUCUAUCAGUAAGAUGAAAGAUAUGCACAAGGAGUUUGAACAAUCACAGAGAAAGUAUGUGAAAGAAAUUGAAAAUUUGAAAAAUGAAUUGUUAGCAAUACACUCCAAGCAUAGUGAAGAUGAAGCUACCUUACAAAAAGAACUGGAAGAAGCAAUGAAUAAACAAUCAGAACUUUUAGAACAACUUAAGUUUCACAGAGACUCUGAAGAUAAUGUUAAAAGACUACAAGAAGAGAUUCAGAAAAUUAGGCCAGCUUUUGAGGAGCAAAUUUUGUAUCUACAAAAGCAGUUGGAAGCUAGCACUGAUGAAAAGAAACAAGAGAUUACUCAUCUUCAAAAUAUUAUUAAGACAAACUCUCAGCAUUACCAAAAAGAUAUUACUAGCUUACAAGAAGAACUUUUGCAGUUGAAAGCUAUACAUCAGGAAGAAGUGAAAGAGUUGCUGUGCCAGAUUGAAGCAUCAGCUAAAGAACAUGAGUCAGAAAUAAACAAGCUAAACCAGCAAACAGAGAACUUAGUACAGCAGUGUGAGGUAAGUAAGAAGAACAUCCAGGAGAAGUAUGAGUAUGAAUUAGAAAAUUUAAGGAAAGGCACCUCAAAUGUAAACCAAGAAAGUCAGAUUUGUUCUGUGCUCUUACAAGAAGAUACUUUGAUAGAACAAGUAGCAAAUGAGAAAGUUAAACAUUUAGAAGAUUCCUUAAAAGAACUGGAAUCUCAACAUAGUAUUUUAAAAGAUGAAGUUACUUACAUGAAUAAUCUUAAAUUAAAACUUGAAAUGGAUGCCCAACAUAUAAAGGAUGAGUUUUUUCAUGAGCGAGAAGACUUGGAGUUUAAAAUUAAUGAACUGUUACUAGCUAAAGAAGAACAGGGCUGUGUAAUAGAAAAAUUAAAAUAUGAACUAGAAGAUUUAAAUAAACAGUUCAGCCAUGCCACAGAUCAACAUAAUAGAGAAGUAGAAGAUCUUAAGGAACAUCAUCAAAAAGAAAUAUCAGAACUAAAUGAGACUCUUUUGUCAGGCUCAGAAAAAGAAAAGUUAACAUUAAUGUUUGAAAUACAGGGUCUUAAGGAACAGUGUGAAAACCUACAACAAGAAAAGCAAGAAGCAAUCUUAAAUUAUGAGAGUUUGCGAGAGAUUAUGGAAAUUUUACAAACAGAACUGGGAGAAUCAGCUGGAAAAAUAAGUCAAGAAUUUGAAUCAAUGAAGCAGCAGCAAGCAUCGGAUGUUCAUGAACUUCAGCAGAAGCUGAGAACUGCUUUUAAUGAAAAAGAUGCUCUUCUUGAAACUGUGAAUCAUCUUCAGAGGGAAAAUGAAAAGUUAAUAUCUCAACAAGAGUUAGUGCCAGAACUUGAAAAUACCAUAAAGAGCCUUCAGAAAAAGAAUGAAGAGAACAUCAUUACUCUCAGUCAAAGAGAUGCUGCAUUAAAAGAAUUAGAAGUAAAGGUAAGCUCUCUUAGUGCAGAAAAAGAUGAUUUCAUAAGUAAAAUUAAAAAUUCCCACGAAGAGAUAGAUAAUCUCCAUAAAAAAUGCGAAAGGGAACAUAGCUUGGCUAUAGAACUUCAGGAGAAAGUGGAACAAUCUGCCACGCAGCAGAGUGAACUAGAGCAGAGAGUAAAUGAAUUAACAGGAAGACUACAUGAGACUUUAAAAGAAAAGAGUCAAAGUGACCAGAAACUAGAACAACUUACAGUUCACAUGAAAACUGACUCUGAAGACCGGGAAGCAUUGUCAUCUGAAAUAAAAUCUCUCUAUGAGGAAAAUAAUAGACUAAAUUCUGAAAAGAACCAAUUGAGUAGAGAUUUGGAAAUUCUUCUGUCUCAAAAAGAAGGAGAUCUUAAACUUAAAGAACAUAUUUCUGAAUUAGAAAAGAAACUUCACUUAAUGAUUGAAGAGCGAGAUCAUUUAAAUAACCUAUUUGAAAAGGAAGAAGCUCAGAAGUCAUUUGUCAAAUCUCAAUUAUAUGGGUUUCUUAAACAGUUGGGGUCAACAGUUUCAGAAGAAAAUGAAGAUGUUGGAAACGUCCUACAAGCUCUGGGUAAAUCCUUAACAAAAAUAAAUGAAGAAAAACACCACUUGAUUUUUCAAUGUGAUGAAAGGAUAUUAGAAUUUGAAGAAAAAAUUAAGUGCCUUCAAGAAGAGAAUGCAAUUCAGUGUAAAGAACUUAGGUCUUUGCUAAGAGACUAUGAACAGGACAAAGUUCUCUUGAGUAAAAAGUUAGAAGAAACAGUGUCAGAGAAAGAAGCUCUACAACUUGAGCUUCUAGAAAUGAAGAACACUAAUGAAAAAACAAGACUUGAAAAUCAGAAUCUUUUAAUUCAGGUUGAAGAAGUAUCUCAAAUGUUACAUAGCAGAAAUGAAACCAGUAAUGAAAAAUCUUUUACAACAGAACAUGAAGACCUAAGGCCAUUACUAGAACAAAAAGAAUCUGAAUUACAAGAUGUGAGAGCAGAGUUGGCAUUAUUAAAGGAUUCCUUAGAGAAAUCACACGUAAAAAAUGAUCAACUGUCUUCAUUAAAAGAGCUGGAAGAAAAAAUAGGAAAUCUGGAAAAAGAAUCCAAAGAGAAAGAGGAGAAAAUAAGUAAGCUAAAACUAGUUGCUAUGAAAGCAAAGAAAGAGCUUGAUUCUAGCAGAAAAGAGGCCCAGACUCUAAAGGAAGAAAUUGAAUCUGUACGUUCAGAGAAGGAUCAGUUGUCUGCUUCCAUGAGAGAUCUCAUUCAAGGGGCAGAAAGCUAUAAGAAUCUUUUACUAGAAUAUGAUAAGCAAUCAGAGCAGUUGGAUAUGGAAAAAGAACGUGCUAACAAUUUUGAGCAUCACAUCGAAGACCUUACCAAACAAUUAAGAAAUUCAACUUUCCAGUGUGAAAAAUUGAGUUCAGAUAAUGAAGAUCUCCAGGCCCGUAUUGAGACACUACAGUCUAAUGCCAAGUUAUUAGAAGUACAGAUUUUAGAACUCCAGAGAACUAAAGCAAUGGUAGAUAAAGAAUUGGAAACUGAAAAACUUCACAAAGAGCAGAGGAUUAAGGAACAUACCAAUACUGUAAAGGAACUUGAAGAACUUCAGCUACAAUUUCAAAAGGAAAAGAGACAACUUCAGAAAACCAUGCAAGAAUUAGAGCUGGUCAAAAAGGAUGCUCAACAAACUACACUCAUGAAUAUGGAAAUAGCAGAUUAUGAACGUUUGAUGAAAGAACUAAAUCAAAAGUUAACGAACAAAACCAGCCAAAUAGAGGAUUUGGAACAAGAAAUAAAAAUUCAAAAACAAAAACAAGAAACUUUACAAGAAGAAAUGACUUCCCUACAUUCCUCACUGCAGCAAUAUGAAGAAAAAAACACCAAAAUCAAACAGCUGCUUGUGAAAACCAAAAAGGAACUGGCGGAUUCAAAGCAAGCAGAAACUGAUCAUUUAAUACUUCAAGCAUCAUUAAAGGGUGAGCUGGAGGCAAGCCAACAGCAAGUAGAAGUCUAUAAAAUUCAACUUGCUGAAAUAACAUCUGAGAAACACAAAAUCCACGAGCAUCUGAAGACCUCAGCAGAGCAGCAUCAGCGCACACUGAAUGUGUACCAGCAGAAGGUGACAGCACUACAAGAGGAAAGUCGAGCUGCCAAGGCAGAACAAGCUGCUAUAACUUCUGAAUUUGAGAGCUACAAAGUCCGAGUUCAUAACGUUCUCAAACAGAAAAAUAAAUCUGUGUCUCAGGCUGAAACUGAGGAAGCUAAACAAGAAAGGGAACAGCUGGACUUGCUGAUUGACCAAUUGAAAAUCAAACUACAAGAUAGUCAGAAUAGCUUACAGAUGAAUGUUUGUGAACUUCAGACAUUGCAGUCUGAGCAUGAUACUCUACUGGAGAGGCACAACAGGAUGCUGCAGGAAACUGUGAGCAAAGAGGCGGAGCUGCGGGAAAAGUUGUGUUCAGUACAAUCAGAGAACAUGAUGAUGAAGUCUGAGCAUGCCCAUACGGUGAGUCAGCUAACAUCCCAAAAUGAGAUCCUCCGGAACAGUUUCCGAGAUCAAAUGCGACAUCUGCAGGAAGAGCAUAGAAAGACAAUCGAGACACUACAGCAGCAGCUCUCCAAGGUGGAAGCUCAGCUCUUCCAGCUCAAGAGUGAACCAACCACAAGAAGCCCAGCUUCUUCCCAUCAGCCUGGGAAGAACCUUCGAGAAAGGAGAAACACAGACCUCCCACUUUUAGAUGUGCACACUGCUACCCGAGAAGAAGGAGAAGGAAUGGAGACCACUGACACCGAAUCUGUAUCUUCCACUAACACACACACACUGUCUUUAGAGCAGCUGCUUAAUUCUCCUGAGACCAAACUUGAGCCUCCUUUGUGGCAUGCUGAAUUUACCAAAGAAGAAUUGGCUCAGAAGCUCAGUACCACCACCAAAAGUGCAGAUCACUUAAAUGGCCUGCUUCGGGAAACAGAAGCAACCAAUGCCAUCCUUAUGGAGCAAAUUAAGCUCCUCAAAAGUGAAAUAAGAAGAUUGGAAAGGAAUCAAGAACGAGAGAAGUCUGUAGCUAACCUAGAAUACUUGAAGAAUGUCUUGCUGCAGUUCAUUUUCCUCAAACCAGGUAGUGAGAGAGAAAGGCUUCUCCCUGUUAUAGACACGAUGUUGCAGCUCAGCCCUGAAGAAAAGGGAAAACUUGCUACAGUUGCUCAAGGUGAGGAAGAAAAUGCUUCUCGUUCCUCUGGGUGGGCAUCGUAUCUGCAUAGUUGGUCUGGACUUCGAUAGAAAGAAAAAUUUUUCAAUGGAAAGAAAAUUCUUGUUAACCAAAUAGAAUCCAUCUGGGAAAAUGGUUUGUUCACAUGUAUUGCGGUCAUGUUCUGUUAGAAAGUGUGUAUCUGUUCACAUCCUCUUAUAUUUGUAAAUAUGUAUAACAGAUAUAUUUAAAGUCUCAGCUUAAGUAAAAAAGUACAGCAGUUUGAAGUGUUGGUACCAGUGCCCCUAUAGCUCUCUAACUUAGCAGCACAGGCGCCACAGUCUGUGAUGUCCUGGGCUCAUCCCUGGAAGAGAAAACAAGGAAAAACUCCACUCCCCUUCUCUCCAACCUCAGAAGCCACCCACUUCCUGGCAGUACUGUGAAUUUUGAAGCUAAAUUUUGGUACCAUCCCAACUGGAAUUUAAGCUUUUCAAAUAAUGUCUCGACUAUUUACUGCAAGGUCAGAUUUUCAGAUAUAUUAUUAAUAAAUUGUUGAGAAAACUUGGAUAUUAUUAUCUGAAGGAAAAUGCUUAUUGGUAAAGUUGACUUAGUUUUAUUAUGGAGUUGAUGAAGUAAAUAUGCUGCAGUUAAUUAUGAGGCUAAGUUAAAUUAUAGUGCAUUUAGUUACUUGCUUGAAAAUAAACUGUCCUUUUUUUCUCUAAAAUAUAUUAUAUUCUCAAAACUCACUUGUCAUAAGCCCUGGUACUGGCUGAUACAACACUGGCUGAAUUGAUGGGUUCUCUACCCUAGCUAGUUUUGGUGUGUCUCUCAGGGCUAUUAUUUUGGUGCCCUACUUACAAGCCAUGAAUCUGUUUUGAGAAUUCUCUCAUCCCCUCAAGUAUUUCUCAGAACAGUGGUGGUCUUAGUUGGCAUUGAAAUGAAACCAGUGCUUCCAGUGUUGGGUAGGUAGUGCCAUCUCUUCAGCUUGCCCUCCAGAGGGAUUGAAAGAGACACCUAGAGAUGAGGGCUAUGUUUUCAUAGUUCUGGUGAGUAAUGCUAGCUAGAUGGUGAUGUUGCCAUUGAUGCCUCUUAAUAUAUUUUAUUUAGAUAAAAAUUGUAUUCUUAAAUUUGAGAAUUCUAUUUUUAAUAUUUAUUUGUUAAUAAAUGACUAUACAGUAUGCUCUCUGAAGUUCUUAAGCCUGCAAUUUAUACUGUAACUUUCAUCUCAGCUGGAGAUCCGACUUUGUGCGUCAGUUCCUAGAGACAUUAAUUUCCAACUUAACUGAAAUUUGCUGCUGACAAGUUGAGUUUGUUCUUUUAAAAAAAAAAUCUAUAUUUCUUUUUUCCUGACUUAGAAGAACAGACUUAACUGGUGAAUGUAUUAAUGAAAAUGCUUCUAUUUCAGAGCCAACCUUAACAGUUGAGUUUUUACUUUGUAAACUGUGAAUAUGAGUAUGCCUGCAGCAUACACUGUAACUGUAAUAAUAUUUAAAUAGACUUUGUCUGUACUACAGAAAUGUUAUAACAAAGGUAAUAACAAAAAUAGAUUUCUGCAUGAUAAAAGAUAACCAGUUACGAAAGACAUUCUUUCAUGGCUUCAGCAAUGAGGAAAUGGAGUGAUUAUUUUAGUAUUACUAUUAAAUAUGUUUAACUGUAUAGUACAAUUUUGACUACUCUUUUUCUAUUAAAUGUUGUAUAGCUUCA